AGUUAACAGUUACAUGGUUACAAGUUAGAGGAAGUUCAAAUCAGGAAAUGAGAGAGAGAGAGAGGAAGUAAGGCUGAUCUUGCUGUAGGCGUUAUUGAUUUCGAUACUAAACGCGAACAGUACACGUUUAUACAGUUUAUAAUUUACACGGAAAUCAGACACAGCGUUUGUUCGGACUUUCUCCAAAGUCCCCUCCCACUGCCAAACUCAUAGCUCGAAGGGGGAAAGUUGCACAUAAUUCGAAACUGCUGAAGGCACAGCGGCGGAAGUGAGCUCGGAGAAAAGGCGACAGGAACAGAAGCCAGUCGUUUGAGCUGCAGCUCGGUGUUGAAGAGCCGGAGUCCAGCAUGAGUGAGGAGAGACCCGAGGUGGAGCUCUUCGUGAAGGCCGGAAGCGAUGGUCAGAGCAUUGGGAACUGCCCGUUCUCUCAGCGGCUCUUCAUGGUCCUGUGGCUGAAAGGCGUAACCUUUAAUGUGACCACCGUGGACAUGAAGAGGAAGCCAGACAUUCUUAAAGAUCUGGCUCCUGGGGCUCAGCCUCCUUUCCUGCUGUACGGUACAGAGGUGAAGACGGACACCAACAAGAUAGAAGAGUUCCUGGAGGAAACCCUCUGCCCUCCUAAAUAUCCACGGCUGGCAGCUCGCAAUCCUGAAUCUAACACCGCAGGUCUGGAUGUGUUCUCAAAGUUCUCCGCCUACAUUAAGAAUUCAAACCCGCAGAUGAACGAUAAUCUGGAGAAGGGUUUGCUGAAGGCCCUGAAGAAGCUGGAUGACUACCUGAGCUCUCCUCUGCCGGACGAGAUUGACGAGAACAGCGCUGACGAUGUUACUUCCUUCCGCCCCUUCCUGGACGGUCAGGAGCUCACUCUGGCCGACUGCAACCUGCUGCCCAAGCUCCACAUCGUCAAAGUGGUGUGUCAGAAGUUUCGAGGUUUCUCCAUCCCUCGCUCGCUGACGUCUCUGUGGCGAUACCUGGAUGCGGCGUAUGCCCGAGAGGAGUUCUCCUCCACCUGUCCCAGCGAUGAGGAGAUACACGUCGCCUACUCCUCCGUCGUGAAGGCGCUCAAAUAGAAAGAAGAAGGAAACACACACACAGUCACACACUCAUGUGCGCUAUUACCAAUUCUCUUUCCAGAUUGUCCAAGUGUUUCAAUUGGUUCCUGUAUGUUCCUGAGGUUGUUUGCACUGACUGAGGUCUCACUUUUCAACUAAACGUGGUCUUAUGCUGCCUUCACAUGCUCUCGCAAUUAACGCAAAUAUGAGUUUUCUAGAAAAAAGUGCGCUUGAACACCAUUUGAUGAACUUACCAGUGGGAAUUAAUACCCAAAUUCCCGAUUUAAACAUGGCGCUUAAUCAAACUUUAAACAUGGUGCUUGGAGAAGGAUUUCUGCUGUGUUUGCUUUAUUAGUAGUUUUUCCCGCAACAGCUUCAUUGCCUUGUGUUGUCAUUAAAGUAGUAGGCUAUUUUAAUAUGAAGAAUCUUUUGUAGCAUGUUGUAUGUUUUAUACACAGCGAAAAUAGCAUGUAUUCCAGAAUAGAAUAGAAUAUCUAGACUAGACAGGUAAAACUAUACAGUGGUAAAACUAACUUGUCUACAUUAUGCCUUUGUUGUGAAUGUGAUUAUAAACAAUGGCAUCCUCAAUUCUUUCCGACAACAAAGCACCUGAACACAAUAAUCACGACUUAAGAAGAGGGAAUUAUCGAAUUUCCAAUAGCAUGUGAAGGCAGCAUUAUGGUUCAUAUUUCCUUAAAGCAGCUGAACUGCAAGGUCAUUUCUGUUUAUGUACUCAUAUGUUACAAAAUAUCAUCAAAUAUUUUACAGGCAGCAACAGUGGUUGUUUUUCAGUAUUUUUCACCGGUUUAUGGACGAGUGCAUUGCUAGCAGUUAUAAACAGGAUGUCGUUGCCUCAUUCCUUCCAUUACUGUCCCUCCCUCUCGCUGUCAUAGAGUCUGUAAUGACAGCUUUUCGCUCACGGCUGCUUUGGUCGCGUACAUUUCAUAAACUGGUUUUCAAGCUGCUCUUUACAUUCCAUUGACUGAUAUGUUACAAAAUUAUGGAGAUGUCAUAAAAGUACUCCAUAUAAAGUUUCAUACAUUGUGUGAGAAGUAAAAACUAAAAUAACGAUCAGUUACUGGCCCCAGUCGACAGUCUCAUCUUGUAGCUAUAUGAUAUGAUGCAUGUGCAAAUUGGAGUCACUAGAAUAUUCUUCCAUCUCUAAUUAUGACUGUCGACGUCUACAUUGAAAACACUCUUAUUUAUUGUCUGGGGAGAGUUAUGAAAUGCAUGCACAUUUGUUGCCUUCUGAAAAAGAGGAAACCAGUGACAGUAACAACUGCUGUCUUUCUUAAGUUGAUUCAGCCUGUUUCUAAGAUGACCUUACCAAGAUAUUUUUAUAUAUAGUAUCAUGCUUUAUCCCCAGCCCUCUCCCCGUGCACUUCUGUUUUCACUUCCUCUUAACCACUCAAUGGUCAUUUCCAAAUAUUACUCUGCACUCAAAUGGACAACACAACAUCAGUGCAAAUAUUGAUUAGUGAGGAUUUUAUUGAUUAGAGGGAUGUUACAACAAAGUCAUUUUCUUCCUGCAUUUCUAAAAUUGUUAUUCAGCAAACAGUUUAUAAUAAAUUUAAAAUAAAAAAAAAAGGAAGUGCUGAGUAUUUUUUCUUGAUCCUUCAUGUUUAGACAUUUCAGGUUUAAUAUUGUUUAAUUAAAUUAAUUCAAAGAGUAAAAAAGAUUUAUUUUAAAAAAAACUUGAAAAUGAGUAAAAAAGGACAGAAAAUAUUGUGUUGUGCUCGACAGGAAUGGAACAGCCUCUGGAACACAGCCUGUUCAUGUGAAGAAUAUGCAAUUAUGUUUCUAUAAUUAAUAAAAAUGACAAAAACA